AAAGUCUUUUGUUCAUUAAUUAAAGUCUAUAGUCUAUAGUCAUAGACUUUAGUCAUAAAACACGCUUAUUUUGUUGUAUUUUGUUGGUAUCAGUAUAUAUAUAUAUUGUUGCAAAUUAAAAAAUGAAUUUUAUUUUCGAUGUUGUCUGAAACUUAUUCUUUAUGCCUGAUGAUGACUACAAGACAUAGAGCAAGAGUUACUUGAAAAUGUCAUUCUUUUGGACAUAAAGAAUCUAUGUUACGAGGACGGCUAAUUCCAUAUACAUAUAAAUAUAAAUCUUUGAAAUAUGCAAAAAUGGAGGUGAGAGAGAAGAAGAGUUGAAGAUAGGCGUCGAGAUGCCUGCUGCCAAGGGCUCCCUCAGUCACCAUCAGAAAUGGAUUCUGGAAUUCAUGAAGGGAAUAAUUGAUGAGACAAUCCAUGAGAAGCUUGAAACGAAGUCAUUUUUAUCAACUUCAUGUAGCAAGGCAUUUUGUAUAGCUGAUAUGGGAUGUUCAACAGGACCAAACACCUUUUACUAUGUUCAUAGUAUACUUGAAGCUGUGGAGCCAAAGUUCAUAAAUGAAGGCUUCACUUACGAUCAAAUACCUCAGUUUCAAGUUUUCUUUAAUGAUCUUCCAUUUAACGACUUUAAUACCCUUUUCAAGUCUCUCCCACCUCAGGAAAUAUUUUACAGCAGGGGUACCAAGGUCAUAUCAUACCCAGUUGUUUCCUGACUCGUCUCUCCAUUUUGUGCAUUCCUCCUACACAUUACAUUGGCUUUCUGGUGUUCCUGAAGAGGUGUUCGACAUGGACUCUCCUGCAUGGAACGGAGGGAGAGUUCACUAUACAGGUGCAUCAGAAGCAGUAGUGAAAGCCUUUGCUGCCCAAUUUAGCAAG